AUGUUGGUGCUGUUGGUCUGUGACCACAGGCUAACACUGAGAAUUGCUAAUUUAGAAGACUGUUGGAAAAUUGGAUGCUGGCCCCUCAGAGGAGAAAUUAUCCAGCAGUCCAACUUCCGCACAUCUCGGAAGGCCGGGACUGCUGCUACCUUUCCCGAAAAGUGCAGAAAGCCCCUGCUGGGCGCGGUCCCGCCACAGCUGGAUCCACGUAUCCCGCGCCCGGGGCCCACCGGCCGCACGCCCCGGGGCCCGGCCCCGCCCCCGGCCCCGCCCCGCCCCGCCCCUCCUUAUCUGGCCCUCGGCCCCUGGCCCGGGAAGCGGCCGGUGGGCUGGGGCCGCGCGAUGUCGCACGGAGCCGGGGUGGUCCGCACCACGUGCAGCAGCAGCAGCAGCAGCAGCGCGUUCGGACCCGGGGCCGGCGCGGCGCAGCCCGGCGGGGGCCCCUCGGAAGGGCUGCUGGAUCCCGUCUACCCCCGCACUCAAGGGGCUCUGCUGAAACUGGCGCAGAUGGUCACUCUGCUGAUUGCCUUCAUCUGCGUGAGGAGCUCUCUGUGGACGGACUACAGUGCCUACAGCUACUUUGAAGUGGUUACCAUUUGUGACUUGAUCAUGAUCCUUGCCUUUUACCUGGUGCACCUCUUCCGCCUCUACCGUGUGCUCACCUGUAUCAGCUGGCCCCUGUCGGAACUUCUGCAUUAUGUAAUUGGUACCCUGCUCCUCCUCAUCGCCUCCAUCGUGGCAGCCUCCAGGAGUUACAGCCAGAGCGGACUGGUAGCCGGAGCGAUCUUCGGUUUCCUGGCCACCUUCCUGUGCAUGGAGAGCAUAUGGCUGUCCUACAAGAUCUCAUGCGUAACCCAGUCAACAGAUGCAGCUGUCUGAGGACGCCAGAGUCCGGGCUCUCCUGGGAGCUUCUGCUGGUAGCUGGCAGAACGUGUGGGCCAGUGACCCGGGGAGAGGCUUCUGAACCUGUGUUCCUGCACCAGAGUCCUGCUCGGUGGCUGGGCAACAGGAGAGGCCCUUCUGCUUUCCUCCUGCCCAAGAAGCAGCUUCCCUGGGCUCCCAAGCUCGUCCCAGCCUCUUGAUCAGGUCUUCCUGGGAGAACUCCCCAUCUGGGAAAGCAAACACCUCAAGGGAAAUCCGGUCUCUUCCCUCCUGCAUUUGGAACUGCCUCUGGUACCGAUGACCCCACUUGGCACAACAGAGGGGUUUCUGAAAACUCAAGCAUAAAUAUGCUAUUUCAUAUUCCUCUGAGGAGUGAAGUUGCCUUAUGGCCUCAUCAAAGCCUCCUCCUACUUUGUCUAGAGUGUAAAUCUGGUCUUGAAGAUUUAAAGUAAGACGUGCCUGAGAAACCUGACGGGGUCAGCCUGCGUCUCCUUUCCCUAUCUCUGCCUUUGAUACCAUUGUGUGUGUAUGUGUUUUUUAAUAAAAUAUUGACUUGGCCAAUUG